AUCAUGCGGGUGCAUUAUCAGUCACCUGACCAGGAUAAAGCGGUAGUAAAACAUGAUGAUAUUAAUUAUUAUUAUUGUUUUCUACCAGGAGGAACCAAACUUUUUAAAGUCGACCAAGAACAUCACGUCAGAAGUCAUGGCACAACAACAGCAGUUUAUCGUUGUGACAAGCCAACCAAACACCUGGACCACUAGUCUCUGUGACUGCUGCUCUGACAUGAACAUCUGUUGCUGUGGUUAUUGGUGUUUUCCUUGUUUGCAGUGUCACACCACUGCUAAGUUUGGAUUGUGCUGCUGUCUGCCUCUUGUGGAUGUUUGCUUUGUUGUUUCCUGCUCCCUCCGCAGGGGCAUUAGAAGGCGCUAUAACAUUAAUGGCAGUGCUUGUGGCGACUGGUGCACUGUAAUGUGCUGCUACUGGUGUGCCUGGUGCCAGAUGGCACGAGAGAUAAAGAACCGUAAUGAAGGACAAAGAGUAGUUACUCAGCAGUGUCGCUAGGUGGGUUGCUGGCCUUUUGCUGUUUACAAAUUCCACAUUUAAAAAGUUCUGAGUGUUUAAUAAAGAAGCUAAACAAAUGUUAAGUGUGUUUAUAUAUAAUGGUUAGACUGACAGAUUCUUACUUGUGUUAGCUUAAAGUGUUUUU